UGAACUGAUGUCAAAAAUCUCUUGCAGAACGAUCUAAAUAUCUUAAUAGAGUAUUAUUUACAGUUUUUUUUACGAUUUCAUAAUUAAUUGAAUACGGUGCUGUUUUACAAUAAUGGUAUAAACAAUUAAAUUAAAAAGGUUUCUCUCGCUAAAAACAAUAAACGAUGCUGCUGUAUCAUGACAUCUGUUUGUUUUGAUCCAAAAUUACUUUAAUUUCUAAUAGAUUUUAUUAUAAACGCAUCAUAAUGGAAGGUGGAGAAUGGAGGAAUAGUAUUAUUAGCCAACUACAGGCAAGAAAUAAAUACGAAACUGGAGCUUUUCAGGAUAUUAUAUCAUUUCAAAGCAGACUUUUUGACAAUGUUAACACACUUAAAAAUGAAAACUUGCAGCUAACUUUGAUCAAUGAAAGAAUCAAAUAUUCCAAUGCAGACAGUGUGAUAUCAAGUGGAGCUGUUGGAGCUACUGAAAAGAUACAAUCCCUGGAGCAAAAAAUUCUGGCACAACAAGAAGAAUUGACUUCCUUACACAGACGUAGAGGAGAAAGUGCACAGCAAAUAAUAAAUUUAAAUACCAGGGUACAUGAUUUAGAAAAACAACUUCAAAAUAAAGAUGUUGUAAUAUCAGAAAAUACUGCUGUGAUAGCAUCUUUGAGAGCAGAGAUUCAAAUGUAUGAAAACAAUAUGGCUGAGUUACAGGGAUUAAAUCAAGUUCUAAGAGAUGAACAUCAAGCUUUACAAAUAGCUUUUGCUGCAAUUGAAGACAAAUUAAGGAAAGCACAGGAGGAAAAUCGAACAUUAGUGGAGAGAUUAAUUAAAUAUAAAUCAAAAGAUGCCGAUAAAAUGAACGAAGAAAAUGAGCAUUUUCUCAAGUCAAGCAACCCUACCGCGUUUUUCAUCAACACGUUUGGUAGAGUUAGUUUCGGAAAGAAAAGUGACAAAGUGCGGAAAGAACUCGAGGAGGCAGCAAGGGAAAGCGGCAGCAGAAGUAGCGCAGACUCUCCCGGCAGUUCGUCUGAAGACAAAACAAUUGACGCCAUGCCUUACUUUGCGACUGUAUUGCCAACUAAAGUCGCGUUGAAAUUCGAUGCGCACGACGGUGAAGUGAAUGCCGUGAAAUGGAGUCCCACAGAUCGUAUAGUGGCCACUGGUGGUGCUGAUAGAAAAGUCAAACUAUGGGACGUAUCAAAAUCUGUGAUCGAGAACAAAGGGAAUCUGGUUGGUUCAAACGCUGGCGUCAUGUCAGUAGACUUUGAUUCGACUGGCACGUACAUUGUAGGUGCUUCCAAUGACUUCGCGAGUCGCGUGUGGACUGUGGCAGAUCAGCGGUUAAGGCACUCACUGACUGGCCACAGUGGGAAGGUGAUGGCAGCCAAAUUUCUGGGUGAAUCAACCAAGGUGAUCACCGGUAGCCACGACCGGACACUGAAAAUUUGGGACCUUAGAAGUAAAAGCUGUACAGAAACAAAGUUCGUAGGGUCGUCAUGCAAUGACCUCGUGACGUCAGACGGCGCCGGCUCCACGAUAAUCUCCGGGCAUUUCGACAAGACGAUACGGUUCUGGGACAUCCGUACAGAAAUGUCAGGCAACCAUAUAAUGCUGCAGGGCAAAGUCACUUCACUGGAUCUUAAUAGAGAUAGUAACUAUUUACUGGCGUGCGUGCGAGACGACACAAUACAACUAAUAGACUUGCGGAUGAACACGAUAGUCCGCUCUUUCAGCCACGAAUCGUUCAAAGUCGGGUGCGAUUGGUCCCGUGCAGCAUUCGGUCCAGGUGGACGGUUGCUUGCAGUGGGAUCAGCAGAUGGCGCUGUGUUCGUCUGGAACACACAUUCGGGACGGUUAGAAGUAAUACUCAAGGACCACUCGUUGGCAGUGACGGCUGUAUCGUGGCACCCGCAGUCUGGUCUCCUCGCCUCUGUGGACCGGGGCAAGCGGGCGCUCAUCUGGGGCGACUUGUGACAAGCCUGGGACCCGCCGCGCCUCCCGCCACCCCUGCAACAGACUGUCAAACAAGGGGAGGGCGAUGAAGGCGAUACCGAGAGCGGAGAAGUGUUCGACUUCCUACGAGGCAUCACCACUGAUAUACUCCAUCGGUUCUCAUAGUGUCGCCAACGAUGUACAAAAAAUAACAACGUCCCUAAACUUGCUACUUCACAUAUCCACCGGUGUCAGUCACAACGCACGCCCAGUGAACUCUCAGUCUCGAAUUACCAUUAAUUCUUUCAUUUAUCUUGCUCUUGUGGAUAUUUUAAUUAUAAUAGCCCAUAAAACCAGAACAGAAAGUUCUAAUAUAUGUUUUUUUUUUUUUUACUUUUAUAUAUAUAGAAAGGCAACCUGAUAACCUGAGUAAUGGAAAAUUAUAGAUGUCGCAUACAGGCAAAAUUAAAACAAUGGUUAUAACACGAAAUGUUUAAAAGAUACCAGAAAUUUCUGAAAAAUUUAUUAAAUGUAAUCAAUGGGGUCUAUUCUGAAGCUUCAUUCUGUUUUUUUAUGAUAUAAAUAAUAUUACUGAUCACCAAGGAUCAAAUUUAAGUAGUACUCAAAUGUAUUGUAAAAUUGUGUAAUCUAUUGUUGUUUAUGCUUGUUUAGGUCUUAACACAGUUUAUUUAUGAACCUCAUUCGACCUUUUGACUAGGUUGCACUAGCAAUUAUCAUAAGCAGACUUGUAUAUAUAGAUAGGUCUCACUGGGGCCAAUUCUGAGGCGAUAUUUCUCUGAACCAAUUUCUAUUUUUAAAAUUUCAAUUCGAUGUCAUAAUGAAACUAAUUUCUCAAAAAUGUUAAGCCAAAAUUGUUAUAAUUCUAGGUUAUGAUUUUCCAUUAAACAGUCAUUUUACGAAACUAUCAAAUUAAAAUAUUAGACAAAAAGAUUGGUUUACAGAAAUGUUGCUUCAAAAUCAGUCCCAUUAUCAUUGGUGUUGGACCCGACGAACCUCAUUAAAAAUAUGUACUGAAUGUGAAAGUUAAAAACUAUAAAUUUGAUUCAUAUUGAUUCUUACAAUAAUGAUUUCCUUGCAGUUUUAUUUUUAGAUAUAACUAAUAACGCUUCAGAAUUGACCCUUCAGAACUGAAAUAGGAUAAUACAAUAAUCAAUUUUCGAAUGAGUUUUACUAAGAUGAAGAAAAUUAGAAAAAUGAAUAGCUAAGUAAAUGUGAUUUAUCUAUACAUUAUUAUUGGUAACGGUGCUACGCGUCACAAUUUAUUUUGUAUUGUAAUUUAAAAAGCAACUUCUAUGAAUCACCUGACUCUCAACUCGGCACCGGAGGUUGUCAGGUUCGAAUUUAACACGGAAAUCGCUUAUUGUACUGGUGAUUGCACUUUUAAUAUAUAGAUAAGUAUCUAUGUAAUUUUGCGAGUAUCGCUCUCGUGUUGAAGCCAAUUUAGUUUUUAAGUCGUCUUCCGUGAAUUAGACAUAAUAAAUAUAGUUUAAUUUCAUUCCUUUUCUCGAACAUAAGUUUUUUGUAACCUUUUUACUGUUAUUAAAUGAUAAUGAAAUAUAGAACAUUAGUCAAACGUUCAUUUCUCGUGUGCAGCUGUGUUGAUUUUGUAUUGUUGUGGUGUUUAGUGUAAUAUAAUGUAAUACGGUUGGUUUAUUAUAAUAUGUGUAUGCCUAAUAAAAAUAAAUAAUCACAUUAACUAUGUGAAACGACAGUGCAAGUGAUAAUUAAAGCUUGCAAUUUAAAUAUAGCAAGCAAUAAAAUUCGCCAUUUUAAGCAGAGACGUAACGGGUUUUGAAGUCGAGAAACACGCAAUGCAUGUUGUCCAUUGUUCUUCUUUUGUGGUUUUGCAAAAUGAAAUAACGUUAUAAUAUCGAUUCCUUAACGUGGUCUGUUGGUAUCAACGUUAUGAUAAUAUUUAUAUCACAUAAUAACUAAGUGCCAAAUUACACUGUCCAAUAUAUUUGAGCGCAUAUAUAUUUUGGAGUAACUACUAAAAAUUCUCAACGAACGUCCUCGAAGGAAAAAUAAAAGACGGAUAAAGAGUUGGAGAAGAAACAAGAAGUAAUUAUAUGAAUCAAAUAAAAAAACAGAUUAUAUAGAGAAGUCAGCAAUAUGGUCUAAGACAUCGCGAAAGAGGAGCUUUGGAGAAAGAUAUAUAAAUUAGUUGCACCGAUAGAAUGAAUCUUCUAAAUUACACACACUUAACCCUUCUUUGCACGUUUUUUUUUAUUGGUGAAAUAAAUCAAUGUUAUAUAAUUCAUGUUCAAAAAUGAAAAAUGAUUAAAAAAAUAAAUUUGACAGCUAUGUUUUUUUUUCUCCAAUGAACAUUAAAAAGGUAUCCAGACACGAUCACAGUGAAUUUGUUCUUUUAUAUGAUUUUUGAGCACUUAAUGUUAUGAUGGAAAAUUCUACCAUUAUGCGAAGAAGAGUUAACACACUUAAUUACAUUUAAAAAGAAAAAGAAUAAAUGUCACUAACAAAUUAAUUAAUUUAAUCAUAAUUCAAUAUAUUUGAUAGUGUAAUGUACCCCUAACUUUAUGUCGAUCGGAUGAGCCACAUCGAACCACCUGCACUUCCCGAACGAACUCUCUCAUUAGCAAACAAUGAGCAGGCGUUGGCGGCUACCACACGCUCUGCAGUUCUGGAGCCUGCGUCCCAUUACCUCACAAGUCAAGAGUUACAUUAAAUAUACAAAACAAGGUCUAAUAUAAAGAUUUUAUACGAAUAUUUAAAUUUAAUUUUAAUCCGGUACCAUUUGUAUAGCUCUAUUAGAACACAGCAAGUAUGAAGGGCCAUUUUAAAAAUUAUUGAAUUAUUAAUCAAUUGACCAUCGACUAUGAUCUACAUACCGAUCUCUUGAAAGAUAUUCUGUGGGAGACACCAUCGCUCAACUGCGUUAUUUCAUUUGAUAUUAUACAUAUAUAUUGGUCAUUGGAACAAAUUAAAGAAAAUAAAUCUAUGAUAGGCUAACGUUCAAAUUUCAAACUGGCUGCAGGUAAUUCACAAUAAUGCCUGUGUAUAUAGACAUCUUCAUAUUACCUGCAUACGACGUUUAACAAUUUAUAAAAAUAACGUAACAAUCGAGUGAUUUCAAUAAUUUAUAAGGCUAUUUCUCUGCUCAUUUUUUUUAUUGAUCAUAUUUUAAUAUUUUCAAAGACUAAUUAAAUAUUUUUUUCAUAUAUGUCGUUUAAAAUUUUUAAGUUUAUAUGUAACUGUGGCUUACUACACGUAAACUGUAAGUGAAGUAAGCAAUUUAUACUUAAAUAGAAUAAAUUUGAAAUACGGACGCGGGCUUCGGGUGUAGGCGACGAUCAGUGAGCUAGUGAAUCUAUAACAAUAGUACAAACAAGAGGCUCGCAUUGCACACGCGCCGCCGGCCGCAGGCGACACAUCUAUAAACCCGUGACGUGUUUUGACAGCCGAGUUCGACCACUUUUUCACCGUCAGUUUUUACCAACCUUUUUGUCCAACAGUACAACGACCCGAGCUCUACUUAUAUAGCGUUAUUUUCACAUGUAAUUACACCUAUAACCAACCGCUUAAUUACCCGAAACUUCUGCGACGGCGGGGCCUAGAAUGCGAUCAAAAAACAACUAAUCCGGCGCCGCUUUUAAAUUACGCUUCGUUAACUUACGUCUCUGCUAAUAAUAGCGUACUACUCAUUUGCAUAAGGACUAUGAAACGGCGCCUCGUCUCUCUACAUCAUUUAUCUUGCCAAAAAAGUGUCAUAUUGCAUGUGAUUAAUUAUUAUUAAAUUUUUGUAUUCAAUUGUCUAUUAAAUUAAUAUUUUUUUAUAUAGCAAAGAAAUUCACGGCCCAACUGAUGGAAAGUAGUAACCUUCGUGAGACAUAAAACAUCGUGGGCAUUACAGUUUAUAAUAUUAAUGCUAUGCCAGUCCUGACCACCAGAAUGGCUUACAUCUGAUGCUAGAUAUUGCACUGAAUAUCUUCUCUUCUUCUUCUAUACUGAUAUUAUAUUAUCGAUAUUGCCAGCCUUGUAAAAACUAGUCAAGUGAUAAUUUUUUAGCGUACGUGGAAUACAGGUAAUUUCGUUUCGGAUAUUUUUCUAACGGUUCAUGUAUAAUAAAUAUAAUAUGCAGAAAAAAUGUGUAAUGCUGACCAUAAAAUGCAAAUCAAACAGUUAUCUUUAUGCAUAUAUUACGCAUCCAAAAAGAUAUUACAGUUGUUAUAUUUCUCAAAACGUUCUCGUUUGACAUUAUUAUCAAUUUAUUGGUUGUAAUCAAUAGAUAUUAAUUAAAAAGUUCUAUUAUUAACACUUAUUUUGAAUAUAGCAACACCUAUGAGAAAUUAUAAACUUGGCAUUUCUACAAUUUGUAAUUGAAUAGGUGCUGUUAUAUAUGUACGAUUUUUGUUACAUGUAGAUAAAUGCAUUAAAAUAAAUUGUAUUCCAAUUUCCCCUUCUAAUUAAGCAACUUAUCGUUUUUUAUUCUAAACAAUUUCGUAUUCUCUUCAGUCUACUGUCAAAAGUGUUGUCUACAUUAUUGACUAUCUUAGUACCUACUGCUAUUCGGCUGGUAUUAAUGGAAAAAUGUGCCUUUUGUUAGUUACUAAGACGGUAAGUACUUACGCACAAUAAUUAAAUUUGUUUGUGUUGCGUGAAUAUACGUGAAUUAUGUAUUAAAUAGAAUUCCAGCGUCCAUGUACUCAACAAUGUUUAUUGUAAAAGGUUUUUCAAUAAGUGCUGGGUAUUUGUAUGGGCGCUUUUGUAAUUUACCAUAGUAUUUCAUGGCAUGGUUCUGUUGUUACAAUGUACCAGGAUCUAAAUUGUGUCGAACUUUCCUAUAUAUUCUCUGACGUACUGUGCUACAAUAAAUUACGAAAGCGCCUAAUUAAAAUAAACUCAUUGAUUAUUUGUAAUUUGAUAUUUUUUGCUUUUAAAAGCUUAGAUAAUCAUAACAUAGAAGCUCAUUUCUUUUUUCCAAAAAUUAAGAUAUAAACCCCUGGCAAUAUAACAGAUGGCGCCAUCCUGUUCAAACCAGAUCUGUCGGAACCAUUUCUUCCAAUUACAGCUGAGAAAUAUUCCGAAUCAUAUGUCGAUAACGUUUACCAUUCUAUUAUGGCAGUAAUCGCUUUAUUCUCAAGUUUGACAUUAAAACGGAUGCUGCCAGAGAAAUAAUCGAUUUAUUAAAAGAAAAAUUCAUUGGGUUUUACUCAGAGAUAAGACAAAGCCUACAACGUGCAUAAUUUCGAAAACUUUUCAAAAAUAAAAUAUUAUCUAAUUACAAAUAAUCAAUAUAUUAUUUCAAUUAAAAUAUACCCGGUACCUAUUGAAAAUCCUAUAAAAUUUGUGUACUCUAAUAAACUGCUAGAUUUAUGUUAGUCAAUUCCGUUACUUAUAAGUACAUAUAUUUAAUAAAUUAGCUUUACACAAAGACUGUUGUCAUUAUAAAUAAAACGUACAUCACACACAAUAAGUCAAUGGAGUUAAUUAAUAAAACAUUUCUUAUUUAACAUUAAGCAUCUUCUUUAUUAAGAUCUACGUCGUUUCGACACUUUGACAGUAAUAUGAUAGAAUCGUAUGUAAGUAUUUAUAUGAAAGCAUAAUAAUAUAAAGCGUGUAAUCCAUUUUGUUUGACGUACAGCUUUAGUCACUGCUGUAACAAAAGACUUUCAAAUGUUGUAUACUUUAAUAUUUUUAUAUGAAAUGUAUUAUAUUGUACAGUACAACUGUUUAUAAUUGGUAGAUUAAUUCGGUCAGUCAUUAUAUUAAAUAUGUACCUAUCUACAUACUGAACACUAUUAUAAGACGUGUAUAUUCAAUAUGGAUAUAAAUAUGUGUUAUUAUU